GCGACUGGCGUGUUGGCAGCUCCAGUUCCUCAGCUUGCCGGCGAGGGCGCCGCUUGCAACAGUGUCCUCUCUUCGACUGAUAAUGGUGUUGGCUACGGGGUCGAGAACGCCGAGGACAACACAGCAAACACCAUUUCCGGUACUGACAACGGCGUUGGAUAUGGUGUUGAGAAUGCUGAAGACAACACCGCAAACACUAUAUCUUCUACUGGAGCUCGACGAAGACAAUUGGACAAGAUCUCCAACGGUGCUCAGGCCAUUUCUCAAGCAGCAGGCACCGGCGCUUCUACCUCUGCCGUCACUACUGAACUUGACGACGUUGACGGCACCUCCACCGGCGGCGCUGCUGACUUGGGUGCCAAGAUCGGUGACACUGAAGCUGGCACUUUGGAGGGUGCUGGCGCCGCCAUUCCGAAGGCC